AUGGCUAUAACGAUUAUGGAUUUUUCGCUUGUUGUGGCGUUUAAAGAAAGAAGCGGCAUCCAAAAAUUUCCCUCAUAUGGCUCCAACUCAAAUCUAAUUACGAUCAAUCAAAGUGACGUGAUUCGAUUCAAUAAAGUUCUCAAUCUCAAUCGAUUUGUUGCUGAACCAGGGGGUCGACAAAUUCAUCAUAAACGAGAAAGAAGACAUAAAAAAGAAAACAAACAAGCAGUUGUUGACCAACUGACAGAAGAAUCUCUUCCUAUUUCUGUCGAAAUUAAUUCAUAA